UCGGAAAGCAACCGGAGUACCACGGCUAAUCAACCACCAUUUACCAGUCACCAAAUACCAAUAAUUCUUAAAUACUAAACAACACUGCAUCGCUUCCAUUUUAAGCUCACCCCCCUCAGCAUUCAGCUUCUGCAUCUCUUCAUUCUCAUUCUAUUGUUUAGGUAUCGUAUCAAUCUUAUUUCCAUUCACUCCCUGCAAUUUGGUUUUCUUACUGUUACAGAUGCAAUGUAACUCGAUCUCUACUUUGCAUUUUGCUAGUUGACUUUGUCGAUGCUAAUAACUAAGGAAGACAUCUGCGGAGUUAGGGUGUUACUGUUACUGUAAUGGCCUCUGAGAGGGAAAGUUUUGACCUCUCUGGACCCUUAUAUUUAACGCAUGUUGACUGGGAUAAUCCGAAUCAUCGAAAGUCAGUUGCUGCUAGUUUGGUCCAAGGUGUUUAUGUGCUAGAAAAGGAUAGACAAGAACGACGCGAAGGGACAGAUGCUCUAGCAUCGCCUUGGUGGGUUUUCUUCAACUUUCAGUUACUCCACAAACUUGUUGAUGAUGUUGAUUCCUCUAUUUUUGGUGCAAUCUAUGAGUUCAAGCCUCCAUCAACUUACUGCAAUGACACUCUUCAUAGAAGUCCACAUUAUGUCGUUGCCUUCAGGGGAACCAUAACGAAGGCAGACUCAGUUUCGCGUGAUAUUGAGCUGGAUAUGCAUUUUGUGCGAAAUGGUCUUCAUCAAACUUCGCGCUAUGAAAUAGCUAUCCAAGCUGUUCGAAACAUGAUAGCUACUGUUGGUGAUUCAGGUAUCUGGUUGGCUGGUCACUCUUUAGGAUCGGCAGUGUCAUUGCUUUGUGGGAAAACCAUGGCCAAGAGUGGGAAUUUCAUUGAAUCAUUUCUUUUCAACCCUCCAUAUGUGUCUGCUCCAAUUGAGAGAAUAAAGGAUAAGAAAGUGAAGCAUGGGCUUAGAAUUGCUGGCAGUGUGAUAACAGCUGGACUCACCCUUGCUGUGAAAGCUAAGCAGAAGAAGAGUUUGUCAUCUGAUCCUUUUGCUGCUUUCUCUGCUUGGGUUCCAUGCUUGUUUGUGAAUCCAUCAGAUCAUAUAUGCUCUGAGUAUAUUGGAUACUUUGAACAUAGAAAAAAAAUGGAGGAGAUUGGUGCAGGGAGCAUUGAGAGGUUAGCCACACAAAACUCCCUUGGUUGUCUGCUGAUGGGUGCAUUUGGGAAGGAAUCUGAACCACUCCACCUCAUUCCUUCUGCUUCUGUUACAGUGAAUUUGACUCCUUCAAGAGAUUUCAAAGAAGCUCAUGGGAUUCACCAGUGGUGGAAACCUCACUUGCACCUCCAAUCCAAACUCUACAAAUACUAAUACUACUUUCUAGUUGCAACUUUUAUCUUUUUGGUUUUCCAUGUGAUGCGAGGUUAAAUGGAUAUUAAGCACAUAUCACGCUGUUAAUUAUUAGUUAUUGGACAUUGUAGAUAAACAGUAUUGUUUAUUUUUAGGAAUUGUUAGCUUUCGGGAAUCAAAUCUCAGCUUGGUUAUGUUUAUUAUUAUACCUUAUUCCUUUAUGCAUUGAGUAAUUAUGUAUACAGAUCAGCACAACUUAUUCUUUGUUA